AUGCACAGCAGGGCAUGCCUCACUACCAACCUGGUGGGUGGGCUUGGGAACCAGCUGUUUCUCGUGGCGAACCUGUUGGCUACCUCGCGGCGUAAUGGCGUGCCGGCGGUCCUGAAACAAAUGCCGUGGAGCAGCAGCAAUGAACAGCCACGGCCUGUGUACUGGCAGUCCAUAUUUGAGGAUCUCAAUGCCUACGGUGUCGGGGGCGACGUCCCUGCGGGCGUUCCCGAGGUCAUUGUGCCCGAGCCGCGUCCGGUGAUGCCGGUGAAGGUGGAUGCCUCGGUGAACUGUGUGUAUAACAUGGUUGGCUUCUUCCAGUCAGAGGCGUUUUUCGCUGACUGCCCCGUGGUGAGGGACGCGCUUCCCUCUAGGUUGCGCAAUGCGGCGGUGCAGCACCUGCGCGAGAACUACGGCGACCCCAGCACCGUGCAACGCGUUGGUCUUCACAUUCGUCGCGGGGACUACCUGCGGAUGCGUGACGUGUUUGAGAUUUUGGAGGUUGAUUACUACGACGCCGCGGUGCGACAGUUGCUGGGUCACAGCCUGCAUCUACAGUCUAUGGGGGGAGGUUGUGGAGUUCACCUUCUGGUGUUCUGCGAGGAGGAGCGGUACGGCUCCUCCGUCGUCGGCUACUUCCGCAGCAAGUACCCUGGCCUCGAGGCGUCGCUGGUGCAUGCCGCCGCAGAGCGUGUGCCUUUCGAGUGUGGGAGUCAUGCACCUCGAGAGGUGUUGGAGCUGUUGAUGCUAUCCGGCUGCGAGGACGUUGUCAUGUCGAACUCGACGUGGUCGUGGUGGGCAGCGUAUUUUAACGAGUGUCCCCUGCGCCGCGUCGUGUCACCCGCACGGUGGUUUGUGCAGCACCCCUACCCGCAGUCAAACCACCUCUACCGCAAAGACUGGAUUCUGCUUUAG